UCAGAAUUCACUGCACCACUUUGUGAUACAUUCUUUGAAAAUCUCCUUGGUGACCUAACCAUACUCAAUACACAGCCACAGCUGCCAGGGAUAUCUUCCUCUCUGGAUCAACCAAUCAAUGGAGAAACAAAGCAAGAACCUGUAAAAGUAAUCCUGCACUAUCAUGUCAAUGUAUUCAUCCUUUCCGUUCCUCAUCUCAGAGACUGCCAUCACCUGGGCAUCAAGAAUAACUUUGACCACGACCGCUUCAUCAAGUUCGCCAGGGUGUGUGAGGUGGACAAAGAAAAAGACGCAGAGGAGAAGCAAAUCCGUACCAGAGACAAGGGCAAGUUCGCCAGGGUGUGUGAUGUGGAAAAAGAAAAAGACGCAGAGGAGAAGCAAAUCUGUACCAGAGACAAGGACAAAAAAAAAGAAGCAGAGGGGAGUCAAAUCUGUACCAGAGACAAGGAAGUGGGCAAUGUGUAUGACUUCUUUCACACAAGAAACUGUCUCCACAGAAGAGCCUACCAGCACAAAGUAACAAACAUUGUUGAGACCAUGAUCACCGAGGCCUUACUAUUGGCGGACCGACACCUCCAAAUCGAGGGGUCAAAUAGGCAAAUGUCCACAGCUAUAGAUGACAUGGAGGCAUACACCAAGCUGACUGACAAUGUCUUCGAACAGAUCCUCUUUUCUACCUCAAUGGAGCUGGCUGGGGCCAGGGAGAUCCUAACAAACAUCCGGCACCGUCGCCUCUACAAGUGUGUGGGCCAGUUCUAUACAGAGAAUGAAAUCAACGAUACAGAGGAGGCAAUUGGUAUGCAGUUGGCAGGUGACGAGGACAUUAACCUGACCCCAAACGACCUCAUUGUCAAUGUUACCAAGAUGAACUAUGGCAUGGGGAAGAAGAAUCCCAUCGAUCACGUACGUUUUUACCGCAAGAGUGCACCCAACAGGGCCUUCAAGAUCCCCAGGGGCCAGGUGUCCACGCUCAUCCCAGGACACUUUCAGGAUUGGUUGAUCCAGGUCUACUGUAAGAGGACUGAUGAGGAGAGCCUGGGGACGGCCAGGGAGCGCUUUGAACGGUGGUGCAACGCUCAGAAUGAACAAGAAGAGCAGGAAGCCAAUGAAGGCCCAAACUAAACUUAAGUUUGGAAAGAACCAAAAAAAA